UUAUCCGCCGCGUAUCCCGGACGUUAAAUAGAAACGAGAUACAAAAUACAAACGAACGGACCUCCGCACGUACUAGCGCAUACUAACGCAUAUUGCCCUAUGGCGUGUAUAUACAUGCGCGUGCAUAUACAUACGUAUAUACACAUGCACGCGACAUCAUUCAUUGCGGUGGCAUAGGUAACCUUGAAAAGGCCACCCUCGAAGCGCUACUACUUUAAGUCCGCCGAAACCGUCGAGAUUUGCUGCGCUUGGUCUCUAACCGCGACGGUCGCGCAGUCGGCAUCUCGAUGAAGCGUUGAGGUGGGGUAUGCAGGGUGAUUCUUUCACGGCACGAAAUAUCAGAGAGAGUGAAGAAAAAAAAAAAAAAAAGAGAAAAACAUCGUCUUGCAACAACAUCGGCGUCGUCGUGAUCGUUGUUUCGUCGCCGUUGAAAUGUCACCGUGAUACUGAUCACGGUCGCCGAGGCUGCGUGCAUUUAUAGGUUAUAGUCCAGUCCUCACCGAGGCACCUCCUCGGGAAGUGCCGGAGUCGAAGAUGCCGUUCGCGAAGAACUGAGCGGCGGACGCCGUCGUUUGAGACGACAGUCAGCGGCGCCGAGGCAGCAUGGUGCAGCGUCCGGUCGCGCCUCGGCGCAACGUCAGGAUACUGUUGAUCGGUGAGCGUGGCGUCGGUAAAACCUCCCUGAUAUUGUCUCUGGUGAGCGAAGAGUAUGCGGAGGAGGUGCCGAGUAAGGCCGAGGAGAUCACGAUACCGGCAGACGUGACUCCAGAGCAGGUGCCGACGCAUAUAGUCGAUUAUUCAGCUGUGGAACAAACAGAUGAUCAAUUGGCAGAGGAGAUCCAGAAGGCACAUGUGAUAUGUGUGGUUUACUCAGUGGAUGAUGAGGAUACUCUGGACAGAGCUGCUAGUUACUGGCUACCCUUAAUUAGAAGAUGCUCACCCAACAAUCGAUGUCCAGUUGUACUUGUAGGCAAUAAGAUUGAUCUCGUGGAUUAUUCUACUAUAGAGGCUGUAUAUCCCAUCAUGAAAGAAUUCACAGAGAUUGAAAGUUGCAUAGAGUGUUCAGCGAAAACACUUCAAAAUGUCUCAGAGACGUUUUAUUAUGCACAAAAAGCAGUUCUGCAUCCAACUACCCCUUUAUAUAAUUAUGACACACAAGAGCUUACAGAGGAAUGCAAAACUGCCCUACAGCGAAUUUUUAAAAUAUGUGAUGUAGAUAAUGACGGUCUUUUAAAUGAUAUGGAGCUGAAUGCAUUUCAGCAGUGGUGCUUCAACACGCCGUUACAACCGCAAGUGCUGGAAGAUGUGAAAGCUGUACUGUCAAAAAAUAUUUGCGACGGUAUAUGUAAUGGAUGUGUCACAAUGAAAGGUUUUAUGUAUUUACAAUGUUUAUUCAUACAACGCGGAAGAAACGAAACAACCUGGGCCGUAUUAAGAAAAUUUGGAUAUGAUAACGAGUUGCAAAUGUCAAAGGAAUAUAUUCAUCCUUCAUUGAAGAUCCCGCUCGGCUGUAGCACAGAAUUGUCGCACAAGGGACAGGAGUUUCUGACUUUAUUGUUUAUGCAGCACGACCGCGACCGCGACGGUGCUCUCUCGCCCUUAGAAAUGGAGUCGUUGUUCUCACGAUGCCUUGUUCCACCUUGGGGCGAUGAGUACAGAUAUACUGUACCCACGAAUGAAAAGGGAUGGCUCACAUUUCAAGGGUAUAUGUGCCAAUGGGCACUGCUAACACUGACGAAUGUGCGUAAAACUAUGGAAUACAUGGCAUAUCUGGGAUAUAAUAUGUACCACAACGAGUGUCAAACGAGCGCUAUCAUCGUGACUCGCGAAAAGAAGGUAGAUCUGGCGAAAAAGCAGUCUAGCAGGAAUGUUUAUACCUGUCACGUCAUAGGCCCAAAGAGUAGCGGAAAGACCACGUUGUGUCGGACUCUUAUCGAUCCUAAACUCGAGAAAUUGAAUGAUGAGGUAGUACCGUCGAACGCACACGUGACCGUAAAUACGUUGCACGUAUACGGACAGGAGAAGACGAUGGUGUUGAAGGAUAUAAACGUGCUGAAUGUCCAGGACGCUUUAACACCGGCGGAAAUCCAAUGUGAUGCGGCCGCUCUCGUCUAUGACGCCAGUAAUCCAAAAUCAUUCGAGUAUAUAGCACGCAUUUACAUCAAAUACUUUGCCGAUAGUAAAAUUCCCGUUCUGAUAGUGGCAAAUAAAAGUGACCUUUCCGAAGUGAAGCAAAGCUAUCUGUUGCAACCGGCCGCUUUCUGCAGCAAGUACAAACUAAUGCCACCGCAGCCGUACAGCAUCUCGCGAACUAUCCGACGUGAAAUUUUCGUCAAACUGGCUACGAUGGCAGCCUUCCCCCGCUUUCAAGGAGCGUGGGUAUUAUUUUACCGAGACAGACAUAUAAAUCAAUUUGGCCUAAUGCAAGGGGAUUCUCUGGUCUGGUGGAAGGCAGGACUCGGAAUCGCGGUCGCUACGAUCGCCGGCUACGUGAUGAUGCGAGUUUUGAAUACAGAGAAA